AUAUUGAAAGCAAAAAGAUCUUAAGACAAAACGUAAAUUCUCGAUCGACAAGAUAAUUAAGAGAAUGUUUGAUUGGAUACAUGGAAACUCUCGAUUACCAAUCGCUUUAUCUAUUGUGGAGCUUUUGGUAGACAUGGAUUGUAAAGGAUGUGAAAAGAAGGUUCGAAGAGCCAUUUCUAAACUCGAUGGAGUGGACACGGUAGAGAUAGACGUGGAUCGACAAAAAGUGACAGUCACGGGAUACGUUGAUCGAGAAGAGGUUCUAAAGAUGGUGAAACGAACGGGACGAACAGCGGAAUAUUGGCCAUUUCCUUACAAUGGAUAUUAUGGUGAUUACUAUACAUAUCCUUCUCAACAUUUGGAACAAUCGGAUCAGAAGAUAUAUCAGACAAUCUCAUAUAGUGGAAAGUAUGAUUUCUAUGACGUUGACGACUUUCAAAAUACAAACAACUCUACUAUCAAUGGUUAUUAUCCUAGUUCAUCCCAAAAAGUUCAACCUAAUAUCGAUGAAAAUGCUCUUCAUCUUUUUAGCGAUGAUAAUGCUCAUGCUUGUACUAUCAUGUGAUUUGUGUUAUUAAUUUUUGACGUUGGAUUCUUUCAUUCCUUUAUUCAUUUGUUCAUUCUUAACCAAAACAAGAUUUUGUUCCCUCUAUUGUAUAAGUUUGUUUGAUAUAAU